CCUUCAUUUCGAAAAUUAGUCUGUUGAAUUAUUUACAUACAUAUAUUCAACACAAGGGAAAAUAUUAAUUUACAAUCGUAAAAUUUUAGUGGAAAAAUUAUCGUUGGGUGAAGAAAAAUGGGAGUUCAAGAUAAAGAUCCACUUGCUCAAUUGAGUUUACCACCUGGUUUCAGAUUUUACCCUACUGAUGAAGAACUUUUAGUUCAAUAUUUGUGUCGAAAAGUUGCGGGUCAUCAAUUUUCUCUUCAAAUUAUUGCUGAAAUUGAUCUUUAUAAGUUUGAUCCAUGGGUUUUACCUAGUAAGGCGAUGUUUGGAGAAAAAGAAUGGUAUUUCUUUAGCCCGAGAGACCGAAAAUACCCGAACGGGUCCCGACCCAAUAGAGUAGCCGGGUCUGGGUAUUGGAAAGCUACUGGAACUGAUAAGAUAAUUACAACACAAGGAAGAAAAGUUGGGAUUAAAAAAGCUCUUGUGUUUUAUAUUGGUAAAGCACCUAAGGGUACAAAAACUAAUUGGAUUAUGCAUGAAUAUCGACUCACUGAACCAACUCGCAAAUCCGGUAGCUCCAAGUUGGAUGAUUGGGUGUUAUGUAGAAUCUACAAGAAAAAUUCGAGUGCGGCGAAGCCUACAACAAGUAAAGAACACAGCACAGGUGGAUCAUCUUCCUCGUCAUCAUCACAUCUUGAUGAUGUAUUAGAAUCUUUACCGGAAAUUGAUGACCGUUCAUUUGCACUGCCACGUAUGAACUCUUUGAAGAAUAAUGUGGGCCACCACCAACAACAACAAAAUCAACACCAACAACAAAAUCAACAACAGCAUCAAAAUGACAAAUUUAACCUUCAGCAUCUCGGGUCGGGUAGUUUCGAUUGGGCUGUGUUAGCCGGGUUGACAUCGGGGCCCGAAUUCGCUUUCAAUGGAUCAACUCAACCGCAACAAGGGCAAGUGAACAAUAAUAAUAAUGCAAUGGACAUGUUUAUCCCUUCAUUGCCACCCUUGUCACAAGUGGAAUCUCCUGUUGAUACUAAAGUUCGUAUUACAUCUGGAUUAGUGGAUGAUGAGGUUCAAAGUGGAAUUACAAGUCAUCGGGUUAAUCCGAGUUAUUACAAUCACAACACGAACAUGUUCACACAAAGCUAUAAUAAUAGUAAUUCGGUAGACCCGUUUGUGAUGGGUCAUCCAAAUCAGUUUAGUUUUGGGUUUGGGUAUAGACAGUAGAUUCAAAAAAAUGGAUUUUUUUGAUAGUGAAAAAAAUGUUGGAAAAUGUUACUGAAGAGGGUAUUUGAUGUAAAUAUCUCUUAUUUAUUGGGCUAACUUUUUGCGGAGAUAAAAGCAAUGGGAUAAGUAAAAGGAAGACAUAGUUUUUGAUUAAUUAUUUUUGUUUUUUGGUUGUAACGGAAAGGUAAAUUGAAAGUGGAUGGAAUUGUCAAAAAUUAUUGUCAAGGUUGGUAAAGGGAAGGUGUAAGAUUCAAUGUACAAUGUGAUGAAUAUUGAACAUGUAAUGCAAAAGAAAAAAGCGCCGAAAUUUCUGGUCCGUAUACAAUAUUUGUCUUUUUUGA